AUGAUUCAAGCCGCCGAUGUCGGAAUCGGUAUCGUCGGUAAAGAAGGCCGACAAGCGUCCCUCGCUGCUGAUUUCAGCAUCACCCAAUUCCACCACCUCACCAAGCUUCUCGUCUGGCACGGCCGCAAUUCAUACAAGCGCUCAGCCAAGCUAGCUCAAUUCAUCAUGCACCGUGGAUUGAUCAUCAGUGUUUGCCAAACCAUGUACAGUAUCGCCAGCCACUUCGAUCCAAAAGGUCUCUUCAUCAACUGGCUGAUGGUCGGCUACGCAACGGUAUACACCAACGCGCCCGUCUUCUCACUCGCCUUCGAUCGGGAUGUCGAUGAACGUCUCGCAAAUCUUUACCCGGAGCUGUAUAAGGAAUUAAAAACCGGGAAAAGUCUGAGCUACCGUUCCUUCUUUGGCUGGGUCAUGAUCUCAGUCUACCAGGGAGCCGUCAUCCAAGGCCUGUCCCAGAUUCUACUGGACACAAUCACCGGACCACAGUUGAUCAGUCUGUCUUUCACGGCGCUUGUUCUUAAUGAGCUUGGUAUGGUUGCUACCUCCAUCACGACCUGGCAUCCCGUCAUGAUCUUCUGCUUGCUUGGUACGCUCCUUGUUUAUGCGGGCAGUGUUCCUUUCCUGGGUGAGUACUUUGACCUUGGAUAUGUCAUUACUUUGGAUUGGUUGUGGCGUGUUGUUGUCGUGCUGGCUGUUUCGCUGGUUCCGGUUUGGGCUGGUAAAAUGAUUAAACAGUCCUGGCACCCGCCUAGCUAUAGGAAGGUCCGUGGGUAA